GCGAGUAUCUGAGACAGGAGAGCGAGAGACCAGCCGGUUCUUCUACAGAUCUCUGUUCUUGUAAAGAUCUCUGUACAAAGAUCUCCUCCUGUGAUCAUCUCACAUCUUCUACUAAACACCAACAUCAAGUUCCAACAGCUUGUGAUUUCUGCUCUCUUGAGAUCAACUUCUCACACACAUUCAUCACACUCUUCCUCAUCACACACUCCUCACACACUCCUCACACAAUCCUCACACACUCCACACACUCCCCUACCGUGUGUCAGGAUGAAGAUCCUCGCUCUGGUGCUCCUGCUCUCCUCUUUCUCCUCACUGACCCUGAUGGAGGUUGUUAAAUCUUUUAAGGAUGUAUGUAGUGACUUCUUCAUCCACAAAGAAAAUGACAUCAUCAUCCCCACUAUCUUCCCUGGAGAUCAGUAUAAGAAUAUUUGCCAGCGCUGGAAAAACAAAUACAGGUUUGCCACCGUGUACGACACUGUGAGGAGGAUCCCUGUUUACUCGGCCUACACAUUCUCAGGGAAAGAACAGAAGAGCCGCAAAAGAGAGUGGAAAAUUGAACCACAGCUGGAAGAUAUUACAGAGAUGAAUGUAUCCCCGAUUGAAGCAGGAAAGAUAUAUAACCAGGCCGUGGACUCUGAUUAUCCAAAUAUAAAGUUUACUAGAGGUCACUUGUUUCCAUACCAGUUUACUGCUAAUCAGGAUCAAGCAGAUUCCACGUUUACUUUAACCAACGCAGCUCCACAAGCACUAGACAGCAACCAAAAAUGGGCUAAACAGGUGGAGACCCCGAUACGUAAAGAGAUAAAACAGGGCUGCCAAGUCGACCAAAAUCACCUGGUGUACAUUGUGACCGGAGUCGUCCCAGGGAAGAACUGGAUACCCAUAACAAGAGACGGAAAAGAAUAUAAUGAAGGAGUUAACAUUCCCAGUCAUUUUUGGAGUGCUUAUUGUUGCACCAGUAACAAAGGACAACUCGUAGCGAGGGCCUUCAUCGCUGAGCAGGAGAACUUUAAAGUCAAACACUCCAAGAUUCAGGACCUGAAUACUGAGCUCACUGAUCUGUAUAAAUCAGCUUUCAGUGUGUUUCCAGGAUUAGACUUAAAGUAACAUGAAUACAGUGUGUGUGAGUACGUACAUGCAUGCAUGCGUGUGUGUGUUCAAAUCACUUUCCUGUUAGAAACGUGUCAAAGCAUCAUUAAAAAAAUCACUUUGUUGAGCUUCUUUUUCUUUUUCUCUUUUGUGUAAAAUAAUCUUAAAAAUAAUAAAACUCUGGUUAGUUUGAUUCUCUUGCAAUUAAAGCUUCUUAUAAACAAUAUGCAAAUAUUAUGUUAAACAAAUUAAGUACAUUAAUCUCUGUUAAUUCUCCUGCAGAUCUUUAAUAAAACUUCACUGUUUGCUGUGAAA